AUGAUUUCAAAGCUAUUUCGGCUGGACCCGCAGCGACGCGAGAAGCAUGAAAUAACCCCUUACGAUAUCAAGACGCUACGGGAGAUGACGGUGACACACAACAUCACUGCUGUGGCGGUUCCAAAGUAUAGGGUGCGAGGAAACUUUGUGGAGUAUGUGGUUGAGUGCUCCAAGAAAAACUUAACGUGGCAUGUAUUUCGUCGUUAUCAGCAAUUUAAGGCGCUUGAUCAGAAGCUGAAGCAGCUGUGCUCAAUAGGUUCCCAGUACCACUGUGAAUACGGUGUCCUCCCUGUGCUCGCCGGUAGUCACUGGGCAGAAGUGACAAAUCAAUCUGUCGACCUUGUGGAGAAGCGUCGUCGGUAUCUUGAGAUUUAUCUUGAGCAGCUUCUUGUGCCAAAGAACCUCUUUUACGUGGCCAGCCCAGCUCUGUACAACUUUCUGCACGAUGGGGAGGUGCCAGUGCGGUCUAGGGCGAAUGUUUUGCGUCCUCUCAUUGGCUUUGCAGACCAAGAGCCGUUGCAGCAGCAGCAGCAGCAGCAGCAGGGGGAUGGGAGUGAAGGUAGUGCCACACCCAUGAAAGAAACACCGAAACCGCUAGACACUGGCAGUGCGGGUGGUGACCUCUCUGCGCCAACUACCACAAACUGCACCGCAUUUGAGCGAGAAGCUUUUAACUCUGUAGGUUCGUCCAUAACGAAUGCAUCGAGUGGUCCUGAGGAAUGUGAUGACGUCCCAUCGAAAGAGGAAACCGAUACUGACGACAUUAUCAUGCCGCCGGCCUCACCUUUGUGUUUGCAGUGUAAUGCCGAAUUUUCAUCCAUGAUGUACCCACAUCGCUGCUUUUUGUGUAAACAACGCUUUUGCCGGAACUGUUUGCGCAGUGUGGAGCUCGAGGAGGGAGUUGUAAGGGUGUGUGUACAGUGCCAUGAGAACCAGGAACGGCACAAUGAGAAGAAGCUGGUUGCAAAGGAUUCCUCGCCGGCUACCUUAUGUCUUCAGCCCCAAGACGCCGCUGCUGCAGUGCAGCCGCUACAGCUUCAGGACGGAAGUCGGCUGCGGACGGAUGUCGUAUUGUCAGACUUUGAGCUCGUCACAACGCUUGGCCGCGGCACUUUUGGAAAGGUUAUUAAAGUCAUCUUUCGUGAAAAUGGCCAAGUUUAUGCCAUGAAAGUUUUGAAUAAGUGUAUCAUUCAUAAGCGGCGCAUGGUUGACUACAUUAGGGAGGAAAAAACAAUUCUGGCAUUGUUGCCUCCGCAUCCGUACAUUGUGACAUGCCACUUUGCGUUUCAGACGGAUUACCACUUGUUUUUUGUGUUUGACUUCCUUCCUGGCGGGGAACUGUACUCGCGCAUUUACCCAAAGUGCACACUUUCCUCAGCGGAAGUGCGAGUGAUCGUUGCAGAGAUAGUCUUGGCCCUGGAACAGCUGCAUCGCUACGACAUUGUUCACCGAGAUCUCAAGCCGGAGAAUAUCGUGUUUGCGGCGGAUGGUCAUUUGAAGUUGACAGACUUUGGACUUGCACGAAUGAACUUUUCCCGCCACCGUCGAUGCAGCUUUGUUGGGAGCCCGGAGUACAUCGCUCCUGAAACAAUCCUAGGGGAGGCCCAAACCGCCGCAUUGGACUGGUGGAGUGUGGGGGUGAUGAUGUACGAGAUGCUGAGGGGAUCGGCCCCGUUCCACGCUGCGAAUAACAAUGAGGUUUGCAAUAAUGUUCUGAACCUUGCCAUCGAUUUUAGCGCUCCGUGCUUUACUCCUGAGGCCACCUCACUUAUUCGGAUGCUCUUGCAACGUCAGCCAAAGCAGCGACUCUGUGAUGCAGAGCAGAUUAAGGCCCACCCUUACUUUGCCUCUCUCAAUUGGUCCGCCUUGGAGAAGAAGGCCUUUCCCCCACCGAUUCGGCUUAACCUUGAAGGCAAUGAUACAAAGUACUUUAAGCGGGAAUUUACGGCGGAGUGGGCUGUGAUACUUAAGCCCCACGAGGUGAGUAGAGCCACGUUGGAUAUCUUGAAAAGCCGAUUUAGCAACUUUGUUUAUGUGCUUGAUACUGAGGCUGGUGCGUCAUCGUCGUCGUCGUUGCAUUCGCCUUGCAAGAAACCGCCAUUGCACCUGCAAUUAAUAAAAGAGAACGCUGACGCGGUACUGAACGCACAGAAAGUAUUAGGAGUCUGGCGUCUAGUUAAGGUUGAGAUGACGACAGAUGACGGUAAAAUUGCGUACCCAUGGGGUGGUGAAGUAUGCGGCCUCCUCGCGUACUUUCCUAAUGGUCUCUUUACCAUGCAACUCACGCUGGCUAGUCGGCGGCACACACGUGUGCAGUUUCCGGGGCGAGCUACCAUGGAGGGGCUAGUGGAUAUGUACAAUUCCUACGUCGCAAGCUUUGGGAGAUACCAGCUGAAGGCCGAAGGUGGCACCAUUGUUCACUUACCCGAUGGUGGCCUUUCUCCAAACUUAUCAUGGAGCCAACAAAAGUACUUUGUUGAGGUAAUUGAUGGAAAAUCAGAAGGCGAUGUCACGGUACUGAAACUUUUUACUGCAGCAUACAAGCUUCAAGAAGAAAAGCUAUUGGCGAGAACUUUUUUGACGUGGGAACGAGUCGAAUUUUGUUAA